GUUUAAAGUCGAGCGAUGCGCAAAUUGUGCGAUUUCUGAAUUCGAAUUUUAAUUUUUUUUCUUUCUUUUUUUAUUGACUCCAGCGCAGCGUCAAUAUGUGGAAGUGCUUUCUUUUCUUUGUGUUUGUGGCGCUCACUUUCACUAAUGUGCAGGCGGAGUUGGCACGGGACGAGCGUGGUGUAUUCACUAAGAACUUUUUUGGCGGUGUUUGGGGCAACCGGCCCCCAUGGAUGGAGUAUAAUCAACCUAAGACAUCGUGUACAUGCAAGUGUGGCGAAAGGAAUGAAGUGUCCCGCAUAGUGGAAGGCGUGGAAGCUGGCAUCAACGAGUUUCCAUGGAUGGCCAAGCUGACUUACUUCAAGCGGUUCUACUGCGGCGGGAUGGUCAUCAACGAUAGAUACGUGCUUACUGCUGCGCAUUGUGUUAAAGGCUUUAUGUGGUUCAUGAUAAAGGUGACAUUCGGUGAGCACAACCGUUGCAAUGCCACCGUGAGGCCCGAGACCCGCUUCGUGGUCCGUGUCAUCGCGCAGAACUUCACUCUCACCAAUUUCGACAACGACAUUGCAUUAUUACGACUGAACGAGAGAGUUCCCAUGAGUGCCGCUAUAAAACCAAUAUGUCUGCCUAAGAGUGAUCACAACCUCUACGUUGGCGCAAAAGCAGUAGCAUCAGGAUGGGGUACACUAACAGAGGAAGGCAAGGUAUCGUGCACACUGCAAGAAGUUGAAGUUCCGGUAAUAAGUAACCAGGAGUGCAGGAAUACUAAGUACACGUCCAGUAUGAUAACCGACAACAUGCUUUGCGCUGGGUAUCCUAAGACCGGAGGGAAGGAUUCAUGUCAGGGCGACAGCGGAGGCCCGCUUAUCACCGAGAGAAAGUACGACAAGCGGUACGAGCUAAUAGGUGUGGUAUCAUGGGGUAACGGCUGUGCUCGGGUGGGGUAUCCUGGGGUAUACACCAGAGUUACCAAUUACUUAGACUGGAUUCGGGAAAACACCCGGGAUGCUUGCUUUUGCAGAAAAAAAACAAUGUUUUCUUACUUGGUUUGUUUAUUUUUGUGUGUAUCUAUCGGCGCCGGAGACACGUUAAGUAAGGAUUUACUCAGAGUUAGUGAUGAAUAUUACGCGUAUGGACAAGAAUCAGACAAUCAGUUACCUCCUUGUCGAGAUUGCAGUUGUGGUGAGCGCAACGAAGAGGCUCGCGUGGUUGGAGGUUCUACCGCUAACGUAAAUGCGUUUCCAUGGAUCGCACGUCUAAUCUAUGGGAACGCUUUCGGCUGUGGGGCAUCACUAAUCAAUGAUAGAUACGUUUUGUCGGCAGCACAUUGCGUAAAAGGAUUUAUGUGGUUCAUGUUUCGGGUGAAGUUUGGUGAGCAUGAUAGAUGUGAUAAGUAUCACAUACCGGAAAUACGCUAUGUCACAAAGAUGUACGUCCAUAACUUCACGUUAACCGAAUUAUCCAACGACAUCUCACUUCUGCAGCUCAAUAAGCCAUUGGAGUAUUCCCAUGCUAUUAGGCCUGUGUGCUUGCCUAAGUCAGAUUAUAAUCUCUACGUGGGGACUCUAGCAACGGUAUCUGGUUGGGGGGCAAUGGCUGAAACCGGAAAAUGGUCGUGCACCCUUCUAGAAGCGCAGCUGCCGGUCCUUAGCAACGAGGAGUGUCGGAAUACAAAGUACAAUAAGACGAAGAUUAAAGAUGUUAUGAUGUGUGCUGGCUACCCCGCAACUGCCCAUAAGGAUGCUUGCACUGGAGACAGUGGCGGACCUCUGGUUGCUGAAAAUAAUGAGCAUACGUAUGAUUUAAUUGGAGUCGUCUCAUGGGGUUGGGGAUGCGCAAGGAUCGGAUAUCCGGGUGUCUACGUGAGAGUUACAAAGUAUUUAGACUGGAUCCAAGAGAAUACCGCUGACGCAUGCUAUUGCGCUUAUUAGAACAUAUUAUUAAUGUAUUUUAAA